GAAAUUAAAAACUAGCUUUAGAAUUCGACAGUUCGGCACAUCUGAACGAUUAAAAAACAGUAGGCCUAACUACAAGUAUUUGGUAGAUUAUUUCCUCAAGUGAACUCGGUGUUUCAAGGUAUGAAUAAUCCGUGGAAGCUUCUAUCCUUCAUUCUGUUCGUAUGGGGAGAGAUCAGCGCAGCACAUUCCUCGUCGAGUUGCAAUUUUUCAAAAUACGAUUUCACCGAUAUUUUGAACGAUGCAAUUGUACGCAUACUCAAAAGUGAUACUAUUGCUGAAAAACUGGAAUCGCUAAUUCUAGUUGGAGAUGACCGCAAAUACAAUGGUGAAUGUAGGAUUAAUACUGGAAAAAUUCCAUUCUUUGAAAAUCCAAUCGACAUAUCUGGCGUUCGUGUUAUUGGAGACAAUUUCAAUGGACUUCGCUUAGAUAAAAAUCAACAUAGCACUAUUCGAUGGGAAUUUCCUAAAAAUGAAUUGCGUAUGCUCUACAGCCACCUGGAAUACCAGAUAUACGGACAUACGUUCAUAGAAGUAUCAAAUUCGUUUUGGAAUUUUAAUGUAAAAUGUAGUCAAAUCGUAGCACAAGGACUCUGGUAUAGAAACUUGUCAGUUAUUGCAACGAAAUCAUUGGCAAAACAAAAAGACGAUGAAAACAUCACGAUUGGGAUACAUUGGAAUCACAUGACCAACCACAAAGGUAUUCGAUUUACUAAAAAAAAACGAAAAAUAUCUUACAAACAUCACCUCAGUUUGCUGUACUUAUUUAGCUUAGAAUUCCCAGCCAUAAUACGUCACGUUUUCAACGAUGGUGGUAAUUUGAGAGCAUUAUUGGGUAAAAUGUUCAAUCUACAUCCCAGACAGCACAUAAUCGCAGCCUUUCCUGAUUUCCCGACCAACGAACAGCGAUACUAUUACCUCAUACCCGAUAUCUCGAUUGGCUUCCUGGUUUUGAAAAAUAUCACCAUUCGAGGACUAUCGAAUUUCGAAUCUUAUAUGAAUAAACGAACAGCGAAGUUUCACCGAUAUUUAUCCCACUGCCGUGUUUACACCCUACGUAUAUCGAGUGUACAAGGAAACGUCACUUUGGAUCCAGGAUUUGAUCAUUUAUCACGUUUACAGCCGACGUUGAGUUUUUCUAUCUCUAAUCUUGAUAUCACUUAUGCUCCAAAAACUCAGAAAUUCAGGGUAAAAGCACGAGACUAUUUCAUCGAUGAAAACUCUCCGAAGUCUUCUUUACAGAUAUCUUCGUGGUUGUCGAAAUAUUCAACGAGUAUAAUGAAGCUUAUCGAAUUAUCUAUACAAGAUUUGCUUGCGCCGUCGAAAGAAGACACAGAAAAAUCAAUUUCAUCAACACCUCAUCUCAGAGAAAUGGACACCUCGUUCAUGAGACUUCUGACGAAACCAGCAUCUGACCCACAGUGAAAUGCAUGGAUAAAAAAUUUGAUCAGUCGAUUCAAAGCUAUAAGUAAAUAAUUACUAUAGAUAGUUUCGUUUACUAAAUCGUAAUAUUUAUUCAAUUCGAAGACCGUGUGACUCAGGUAGAUGACAGCAUUUUAAAAAGAAACUAAGUAUAAUUUGUGCAAUAAAGAAUCGAAAAAAAAUCCGUUU